GGAAGGCGAGCGGUGCAGAGGGGUAGGGACCAUUCCAGGGGUAUGCAUGUGUGAGAAAGUGCAGGGAGCCGAACCACUAAUGACAAGUUUUGUUCCCCCCUUUUUUUUUUUUUUUUUUUUUGCAUUUUGCGAAUGUGUAGGUUAAGAUCAUGAGAGCUGAAGUCAGUUUGUGGGCUUCAGUCAUUUGCUUUCAGGAGGACGCAGUGAACAAGACUUUGCUGGGUUGUUUUGUCUGGCUAGCAAAAAAAACAACAACAAAAAACAAGAAAAAGAAAAAAAAAAAAGAAACAGGACAGCUAAAAGCUUUUAACAGAAAUCUCGCCGUCACGGGUCUUCAUAUAUCCAAUGUAAUAUGGAUUUAAUCCGAAAGUGUUUUCCUCUCUCUUCCUUUUUCUCUGUCUGUCCUUUACCACUGGCAAAUUCCCUGCAUCUCUUGCCUACAAUAGCGGCAGAUGUGAGCAUUACAGGACAACCUUGAAUGGCAGCGGAGCCGAAGAGAAAUAGGAUCAAAGUUCACAGACAUUCGACGGCAAUCAGAUGCGCAGUGAAAAGUUGAGGAAGAAAAUGCCUUCUCGGGUUGUGGUGGCUGAAAGAAUGAAACAAUCGGGAACUUUAGGUGGCUCUGGAGUAGUCACAUCCCUGUGACUGACUAUGUUCAUGUGAGGUUUCGGGGAGGCUUGGUUGCGAGGCAAGACCAAUCAUUUCGCUUGAUUCCCUGGGCUGUCAACAAACGGACGGGAACCAUCAAAACCUGGUCGAUUUCCCCCCCAAACAAUUUUGAGUAUUCACGAGGUUACGCAAAUGUGGAGGCAGCAAAAUUACGGCAAUCAGUUGAAACAGCGAGGGCUGAUUAUGUGUCGCUCAUUUAUCAGCCUGAUGUCUUCGUAACGAGGAAAGAGGCGCAUUGAAUUAUCAUCGAGUUUCAUUGAGACGUCCAAGAUCAUUGGGCAAGGGAGUUGGUCAGUGAAAAUAGGGUUUCCUUGGCUGGGUGGCAGAAGUCUUUCACCAUUAGAUAGCUGAUGCUACCUUGCUGCAAGGUGCUGUUUCGAAACUAAACCCAUAGUGGUCAGAUGAUCUGUUGCGCUGUGUUCUCUUGAAUUUCCUUCUCUUUUUUUUUUUUUUUUUUAAACCGGGACAAAGGAAGAAGGAAAAAGAGGCGGCCAAGCUGCAGGUCUAAGAACUGAGCAUGGAGGUCAGGUACAACCAAGAGACAGAAGCAAUGGUGCUGAAGAAUGGACUUAAGGAGGGCAAAGAUGGAAAGGACUCACAGGGCAGUUUGUCCAAAAGCUUUCUAAAGGAGCAACACGGCUCUUUUUCCUCCUCUGGGACUGUGGAAAACUGCGAGAAAAACAGGGGGAGCGCCGCAGACCCGGACUACUGUCGGAGAAUACUUGUGCGAGAUGCAAAAGGCUCCAUCAGAGAGAUUAUCCUACCCAAGGGUUUGGAUUUGGACCGGCCCAAAAGAACCCGCACCUCUUUCACUGCAGAGCAACUCUACAGGUUAGAGAUGGAGUUUCAGAGGUGUCAGUAUGUUGUGGGAAGGGAGCGAACAGAAUUGGCCCGUCAGCUCAAUCUGUCUGAAACUCAGGUAAAGGUUUGGUUCCAGAACCGGCGCACAAAGCAGAAAAAGGACCAGGGGAAGGACUCAGAACUUCGCUCAGUAGUUUCGGAGACGGCAGCGACCUGCAGUGUCCUCAGACUGUUGGAGCAGGGUCGGCUGCUCACACCCACGGGCCUACCAGGCAUCUUGCCCCACUGUGGUAGCGGCACUUUGGGCUCAACCCUCCGGCCCGCCUCCAUUAACAUGGGCAACAACACCAGCAGCAUCGGAGGUAGCAGUGGAGCCGCUGGUGGCAGCCCAACUCUACCCGCUGUCACCAACUCCGGGACGGUGCCAGGCCUGCAGAGCUCUGCGGCGGCUCACGGCUUGUUUAGCUUCCCCAUGCCCUCCUUACUUGGCGGUGUCACCAACCGCAUGUCGUCAAACCCGCUGACCAUGGCUAGUUCAUUGGCCGGCAAUCUGCAAGAACUCUCUGCCCGCUAUCUGAGCUCUUCUGCUUUUGAACCUUACUCACGGACCAACGGCAAAGAAUCCAUGGACAAGAAGAUUCUAGACUGAUGCUGUCUAUUGAUGUGGAAGUAUGUUUUUUUCCUGUGGAGUUUUUGGGUUGUUAUUUGGCUGAACCUGUCUUUAUUUUAGUCACUGUCUCAUCUGUCUGUGUCAUCGAGUUUAGUGAUUGUCUGGUAAACGAGAAACAUAUCAAGACCUCCACACACUCAUCUCGUAUAGACAGAUUUGGUUGUGGAAAUGUUGUCUGUAAAAUGUUAAUGGAGGGGUGAUUUUGAGAGGCAAUUCUUAAAGGGAUAAUUUGAAGAUCUUUCAGAAAACGCUCUACGUUAAUCAACUUCAAAUAUUCUUUCAAGGUUGGGGGGGGGGGGGGCCCGCACAGUGCAUAGGGUUAUGACAUGACAUGACAAAAGGAGGCCAGCAUAAAAAGAUAUUGACUGUGUAAUAUUAUUUAAUGUAUUGGGUAGUUCAAACAAGACACAAGACGUGAGUAGUUGUAGAGAAAGAAGCUGUUUUGUGUAGCAGUACUGUAUGUCAGAUGACACGUGUCACAGUCACCUGGUUUUGAGCUGUCUUGUAUAUUCAUUUGUGAGAAACUUGGCUUCAACAUAAACAUUCAAGAGAUGUAGUGGUCAUUCAGCACAACUGCUCAUUGUCUUCUCAAUGGUUUAUUGAAGACUGGAAUAUUUUUAUUCAGCGUCUGUGGUGGUUUUUGUCCUCAACUUGCAGUACCCAACCUUUACUUUUGAUCAUUUUUCUUGUCUGUGAUUUUGCUACCAUUAUGACUUUUGCUGUAUCGUCCUUUAGAAAAGCUUAGCUUUUCACCAGCAGUGUGCUGUAGGGUUAUGACAUGACAUGACAAAAGGAGGCCAGCAUAAAAAGAUAUUUCUUGACUGUGUAAUAUUAUUUCAUGUGAUGAUCACCAAAAUAGGAAAAGGUUUAUCAGCCUCAAGGUUAUCAGCUAAAGAAAUCCCUUUAGCUCCUUUGUGAAAUCCGCGGCCAUUAAGGCAGACACACUUGGAGAAAGGUUGAAAUGUUUGUGCUAUAAAAAUACUGCAAAUGAGAGUUGUAUGUUUUAAAAUUGUCAUUUUAUUGUAAAUUAUUCAAUUUUGUAAUUAUUAUAUUAGUAUAUCUGGUAAAUCAAGGAUGAAUAAAUGUACGGAACGGAUUGCGUGAUCAGUUCAAAGCUAUUUAGUGCUGUGUUGUGAGGUUUGUCAAAUGUGCGGUCCAAAUGUGGAUAUAUAUAGACUGUAUAUCAUGUAUACUCUUUGGCGACAUGCUUUGCAUUGUUUCUUUACUUCAUCUUCCCAUGAAUCAAGUUUAUUGAUACAUUCCGUGACUGUUUUAUAUAUAUCUAAUACAUGGUGGUUUGAUAA